CCCUCACGACCAAGGUCCUUGCCAUCGAAUUCAUCCAUUUAAUCCCUCUUUAUCAUCACAGGAUUCUCUGAUCGAAGAUGAGGUUUGGUGUGUCGUCCACCCUCCUGCUGGGGGCUGGAGUGGCUUCUGCUGCCGCUCCCCCGUACCAGCAGAUUCUCGACAUGCCCAAGCACGGUGUGGAGAGCGUUGCCAAGCCUCUGCAGGAUUUCCACGACCAGGUCAAGUCCGGCUUUGAGAGCUUUUCCAAACCCAUCCACAAACUCGAAGAGCAGCUGAAGACCCUUUCCGAUGAGGCUCGCCAGCUUUGGGAGGAGGUCUCCAACGCCUUCCCUGACUCGUUCGACCAUUCGCCCGUCUUCUCCCUGCCCAAGAAGCAUACUCGCCGCCCCGAUUCCCACUGGGACCAUGUUGUCCGUGGAUCAGAUGUGCAGAGCAUCUGGGUCACGGGUGCCAAUGGUGAGAAGGAGCGAGAGAUCGAUGGUCGUCUUGAGACCUAUGAUCUCCGAGUCAAGAAGGUUGACCCGACCGCUCUCGGUGUGGACCCUGGUGUCAAGCAGUACUCCGGUUAUCUCGACGAUAACGAGAACGAUAAGCACCUCUUCUACUGGUUCUUCGAAUCUCGCAAUGACCCCGAGAACGACCCUGUGGUCCUCUGGCUGAACGGUGGUCCUGGUUGCUCUUCUCUGACUGGAUUGUUCAUGGAGCUGGGACCCAGCUCGAUCAACGCCGAGAUCAAGACCGUCUACAAUGACUUCUCGUGGAACUCCAAUGCCUCGGUGAUCUUCCUCGACCAGCCGGUCAAUGUUGGUUACUCCUACAGUGGGUCCUCGGUCAGCGACACUGUCGCUGCCGGUAAGGAUAUCUACGCGCUGCUCUCGCUCUUCUUCAAGCAGUUCCCCGAGUAUGCCAAGCAGGACUUCCAUAUUGCGGGCGAGUCCUAUGCUGGCCACUAUAUCCCCGUCUUCACCUCGGAGAUUCUCUCCCACAAGAAGCGCAACAUUAACCUCAAGUCCGUGCUUAUCGGCAACGGCCUGACCGAUGGUCUGACUCAGUACGAGUACUACCGCCCCAUGGCAUGCGGUGAGGGUGGCUACCCUGCCGUUCUCGACGAGGCUAGCUGCCAGUCCAUGGACAACGCCCUCCCGCGCUGUCUGUCGCUGAUCGAGUCCUGCUACAGCAGCGAGAGCGCUUGGACGUGCGUGCCUGCCUCCAUCUACUGCAACAAUGCCCUCCUCGCGCCCUACCAGCGCACUGGACAGAACGUCUACGAUGUCCGUGGCAAGUGCGAGGACUCAAGCAACCUCUGCUACAAGGGACUCGGCUACGUCUCCGACUACCUCAACCAGCCCGAGGUUCUCGAGGCUCUGGGCGCUGAGGUCGAGGGUUAUGACUCCUGCAACUUUGACAUUAACCGCAACUUCCUCUUCCACGGUGACUGGAUGAAGCCAUACCACCGUCUCGUGCCUGGUAUCCUCGAGCAGAUCCCCGUCCUGAUCUACGCCGGUGACGCCGACUUCAUCUGCAACUGGCUCGGCAACAAGGCCUGGGCCGAGGCCCUCGAGUGGCCCGGCCAGGAGAAGUUCGCCGCGGCUGAGCUCGAAGAUAUCCUCAUUGUUGACAAUGAGCACAAGGGCAAGAAGAUCGGCCAGAUCAAGUCCCACGGCAACUUCACCUUCAUGCGUAUCUACGGUGGCGGCCACAUGGUCCCCAUGGACCAGCCGGAGGCCAGUCUCGAGUUCUUCAACCGCUGGCUCCGCAAUGAUGAGUUUUAAGCAGGCUAUCAUUUUUCCGUCUUGACUACUGCCUUUUUUGUGUUGAUGGUUGAUAAUCCUUUGUCCUGCCUUUUGCUUACGAAUAUUAACUAAGA